GUUGAACGUGCCGAACGAUAGGUCGCCCUCUCGUGCCUUCUUUUUCGCAGCCGCCUUGACGGCCGCUGCGAUCUCAUGUCUCUCUCGGUCCACCUCGCGUUGCGGGUGUCCCUUCUUCCGUAUUUUCCGAGCGGCGAAUUUCCUCGCAUCAAUUCAUCUCUGCAGAGCUCGGUUCUUGCCUGUGGUGUUUGGACGAGGAGGGGUGCAGCACUCCCUCCCCGCGGUGCCCGCGGUUGUCUCCCUUCUCCCGCGAGCGGUGCUUACUGACGUGGUGUUUACGAAUCUCUCUACUCCUCCAGUUUCGUGGGCCACGCUUUCCGCGACGGUGGUUGCCAGGUGCAGUUUGCCGCUUUGCAUUACUGCCGCGGGAACAGUGUCCAUACACACCUCUCGCCACUACCACCGUCUGUGCAUCCUCACCGCCACGCUGAGCCAGCGCGGCGGUGAGUUGCACCUUGGGACACCACCCGCCUACUAUCUGUUGUGGCCUGGUUCCCCCGCGAGGGACUCACUAGGUCGAUUUCGGCCCCGGCCGGGGAGCAGGCCGAGGGGGGGGAACAGUAUCAUCGUGGGGUGCGCCUCUCCCCCAAGUUUUUUUGGAUGAAACACGUUUUUUUUCCGUCCGGCCUUGCGCCAUUGUGUGUAUGUCGUUCCCUUUUUCCGUUGACGCCCCAACACAAGUACCACGUGGAAUGCAGAACGAUUGUUAGCGACAUCAGAUUUCACCACUCAAGACUCACGGCUUUGUUCCCAUCCCAUUUCCGACGAACGUGGACCGUUUCUUCGCCCUCUCCUCGGCACAUCAGAAAUUCAAGGAGAACGAGCAAAGAAGUGGUGGGGCCGGUGCGGACGCAACUCAGGACGGGGGUUCGUCAACGCCCGUCAUCCGUUCCAGUUUAUGCGGGGCUCUUUACCGACAAUGCUCUGGGAGGACGGUAUCGAGCUCUCCGGCGGAGGCGACGACGAGACAUACCGCCCCGGCGAUAUCGUCCUCCCCGAUGGACACCCAGGCUCAGGCAGCAGCGUGCCGGGUGGACCCGGGGUCCGAGGGAGAGGUGAGGCGACACCCGCCCGUUCCUCUGGCAACAACAACUCUCGGAAGCACAAGAAACCCAAGACGGGUUCCGAUGACAGGGCCGAGCUGGUAGCCGACACGAAGGAAGUGAUCGCCUUGUGGCGCAAAGCAGCGGAGCAGGAAGUACGGGGAGACGAACCUGCCUUCGGUGAGAUAGAGAAGGACCGAGCGAAGGACCUUGCCAUGGAGGGAUCCAUCGACGAUAUUCAGAGGCUCCAAGCAAAGGUCGAUUCUGCAUCAUCGAACGUUUUGCGGGAGAAAUAUCAGAAGUUGUUGGAUGCCGCUGAAGCGCGAAUGGCACGGGCUGAGCAGAGCAGCGACGAGGCGCUGUGGCAUCAUCGAGCGCCGCCGCCGCGCCCCCACCGUCAUCGAGUCCUGCUGCGCCAUCUACGCCUGCAGCGGUCGAAGGAGGAACGGUCGCGGGCCAUGUGAUGUAGGAUCUCCAUGGGCUUCCGGGACGCACGCCCGGGGAUGAUUUGCCGGCGAUGGCACGGGCCUUGGCGCGUACAGGCGACGGGGGUGGGGCUUGAGUACUGGUUGCGCGGGCGAGAGGCGGGGAUGGAUGGUGGGGGGGAUACAGUCUUUGGGAGCACCCUGGCUGGAAACCUGCGGGCGAUUGCGCGGGUGUUGCUGUAACAGUCCACACAGGGGCGCAGGGGCUGUGGGGCGUGUGUUUCGGAGUGAGCGGCAACAACAGGACGAGAACAGAACGUAAGCGCACAUGUUGAAUGCUCCCCGAGCCGUGAGGGAUGCUGUGUUUUUGAAGUUUCAAACGUGGGGCAGUCUUUGAUCUGUGUUCUACCCAAAGGCGUUGCCCGGCAUGGGGGUUGCGCGGGGGUGACCCGUUCAGUAAACGCAACACCACGCGCCAACCCCAGUUGUUUUUCAUUAUCUACUCAUUUUCUAUUUGUGGAGAGGGAUGCACCAGAGCAAGAAAUCUUGGAGGGGCAACAGCUGCCCGGAUAUGGCGAAGAGUCACUUCGCUUGGAAGUUGCUCCGUAGCUACUAGAUACAGGUUGUUCCCACUUACAUAGUUGUUCUCCGGGGGAAUCAAGGACUUGGCUUUUCCGACCAAUUUUUUUUUUGCUGUGUCUGGGGUGGGUGGAAACUACUGCUGUACGUGGGCACGAAAAAAGAGGCCUUUUUGUGACUGCUGUUGACCUCGCCAAGUGUUGAACAACCCACAUGGCUCGUCGGACAACCACACAUGAUUUUGUUCAACUUGAUUUCAUAAGGUCCGCGUACUCCUGUCAACCAUGGCAUUGGGAGGCGAUGCAUGAUUUUUUUUAUGGGUUUGAGGUGCAACGAUUCUUGACGCGGCAAGCGACGAGACUCCUUCCCCCUUUUGGCGAGGAUAUCGCGCACGUGAUGAAAUAUUCGAGUGUUUCCGGAAAUAUUGUAACGCUCUCCGACCCCUUCAGAUUUGGCUAAACAGCAAGAAGUGGAGCUACAGCAUUAUGGCAGGGCAUUGCGAUGCUUUCACGUACGUCGGGUUUCCCUCGAAGGAGGACAUCUGUUUGGUUGUUCUCAUGUUUGGUUCAAGGUUCUGCGGAUCUUCGUAUCUAUUCCAGGCGUUCAACAUCGUGACAUGUUUUGGAAUGACGGAUGCGUCAAAAUGACAGCAGUUCGGUCCCAGAGGAUCAUAUUGUCACGGAGACCAUGCUUGUGCUCUGCUGGGUGGAAGGUCCUGUGAGAACCUGUUCUUCUUAAGGCGUGUAGGUAUUUUUGUUUUGUACGGACACCGGAGUUUAUUGUCCGAGAAUAGCAUGGAAGU